AUGACCCUAAUUGUAAAGUUCGCAAUUUUGGAAAAACAUUUAACGGGCCCUGCGAAAGACUGCAUUAGAGGAUUUCCGUUUACUGAGAACUCUUAUCCAUUGGCAUUGAAAGCCUUGCAAGAUCGGUUCGGUGAUGAAGAAGACCAAGCAAGUUUUUAUCUUGGAGCCGUGGAAAACUUGCCGAAGAUAAAGAUUUCAGAUGUACCGGGUCUUCGAAAGUUCCACGACGAUUUGAACACUACUAUACAAGUGUUAGAAAAUAUGGGACCUGAUGUAGCUAUGCAUCUGAAUGACCCAAGAAGAAUGAAAUUGCUAUCAACCAAGUUACCACGUAAUCUUGCGGUUGCCUGGGCAACUUACCAAGACGACAAAGGCAUCGGAUCGGAUAUGCGCGCCUUUGCUGAGUGGUUACGAAAAAAAGUUCAAAUCCUAGAAAGAGUUGAAGUUCAACCACAAACCGAGGCUGGAGAUAAACGAGUUCCAGGAAAGCAAGUCUUCAAACCCCACGUGCAUGUUACAACGCGAGAUGAAGUCACCCAAACUGAAAGAACAGAAACGAAAUUACCGAUUGAAAGAGAAAAGUGUUGGGUUUGUCGUGAUGGUAACCACCAGGGCUGUAAAUACUCGUUACAAUUGUAACGCGUUACUGUGUACUCGUUACAUUUGAAGUAAUUCUAACCUGUAAUUAAUUACGUUUUUAGAAAUGUAACGAAAAACGUAAUUAAUUACAAAAGCAAGGAACGUGUUCCUUUUCCAAGUAGCAAAUUGAAAAUUCCUUUUCUUAUUUUGUAAAAAUAAGAAAUAAAAAAUACAACGUAUACGACAAGAAUUCAGAAAAAUGGCUGAACUAAUUUUCAACGAGAUAUCACAUGACAUGAUAGCCUACAUGAGAGUGUAUCUAAAAGUCGAGGGUCGAGAGUAUAGGUCGAGAGUCGAGAGUAAAAGUCGAGAGUCGAGAGUAAAAGUCGAGAGUAAAAGUCGAGAGUAAAAAGUCGAGAGUAAAAAGUCGAGAGUAAAAAGUCGAGAGUCGAUCGAGAGUAAAAAGUCGAGAGUCGGCAAAUGUCAUCAGAAACAACAAAGUCAAAAUAUUUUUAACCACGUUUCACACAAUCUAUAUAUAGCUUUACAUAGCCAUUCCGUAACAAGUACCAACGGCUGAAAUACAAACUUUACAAUAAAUGUUGCUACAACAGUCAAUAAUAAUAACGUGAAUUGAGCAAAAAAGAUUGGAUAAGAAAAUAAUAUCGCAUUUGAUGCCUCAAUCUUGCUAAAUGUUUUCACAUAUGAUUUCAUGCUAACCGACACAUAAACUCCGCUAGCUGAAUUUUGACAGCCAUCUCCGGGCUUGUAACUAAUGUCACUUAUUCAUUAACGCACGUUUAUAUCAAACGAGAGCGUAUUAAGAAAUCCACCUUGAUCACAGUCUAACGAUUCAUACAAUUGUGAAUUCAUAAAUACGAGCCAGUAAAAAUAGGAUUCUUUUGUCGUAUGGUGUGAUGGUAAUAUGUCUCGCACGUGAUUGUAAAGUCCUAGUAUAUAUGUAGCUUCAUAUAUGAGUAAUUUUUCGCGGAAAUAGGUGCAUGUAAAAGCGGAAAGGAUAGACAGUAAUAUAUAUAAGGAAGCGGUAAAACUAGUUAUUAGAUAAUAGUUAUUAUUACUGAAUGUUGUGGCUAAAUUUUUGCGAAAGUUUUUGUUUUAUAUUAUACUGGAUUAUUCCUUUGAUUGUAUAUGCCUCUUGUUUACUUUAAUUUCGAGAAUUUGAGCAUACUAAACUAUUAUGUUUCGCAAAUAUUGUUUGCUUUAGUCUUUAUGUUCCGAUACACAGGGAAUGAAAUUAGUUCAACCGUCAUAGGCGUACUGUAAAUGUGAACACAAAAACAUAUAAAUUACUAAUUAAAACAAAAUCUAGUGUUAACCGCAUAGUCAAAAUGCCAAUUUCACAAUGGGAAGGACUGCUCAAAAUAGAGGAAAAAAGAAAUUUGUUUUUGAAUUUUUUAAAAUUUCGGACACCCGGAUUGCUAACCCCCCCCCCUAUGUCCGAGUUUGUCCUGAUUUGCAAAUUCCCUCGGCUCGGACAUCCUUUGUGAAUGGCCCCAUAGCGGCAAAUAAAAGAUAAAAAGUGCUCCUAUUAUCGAGGCAAACUACAUAGCAAUUCAAGAAAUUUAAAACAAACAUGGAAAACACUCAACGAAUUGAUGAAUAGAAAGUCGACUAAUAAUAAAAUCCCAGAAAUGAAAGAUGAGAAUGGUGAAGUAAUUGACGAAACGCUGAUCCCUAAUGCCUUUAAUAAAUACUUUGUUGAACUAGGGGGAAAACUUGCGAAUAAAAUUCCUCGAUCGAAUAUUUUACCGGAUAGUUUUCUCAGGGAUGUACACCAUCCAGUUAAUGGGCUCCCUAGCUUUCAAGAAAUUUCAGAAAAUGAUGUUUUGACUCUACUUCAUGGUUUAGGGCCUAAUAAAGCAUCGGGAAUUGAUGGUAUCUCCUCUCGUAUCUUAAAUUUCGGCAGCAGUUAUUUCACCAUCCCUAACAUCAAUAUGCAACCAGUCAAUCUUAAAUUAACAGGCAUAUUUCCCAAUGAUUGGAAAAUCCUUAGAAUUACUCCGAUCUUUAAGUCUGAAGCUAAAGAUGAAAUGACAGACCAAUAUCCGUUAUAUCAGUAG